GUGACAUACGACGAGAAAAGCCCAGACGAAGGCACCUCGAGUCGUUAUUCGCGUAUGAAUCUCCGAAGGGAGUGCCCGAAAUCUAUCGGUGCCCUCCUGUUUGAGUCCAACCUUCUACUCCUGUUUACAUACUUCUGUUUCGGGUUUCAACUUAAUCUGCAUCGAAAUGAUGCAAGAUGGGAGGUUCCAAUAUUGAUUUAUUGUGGCUCUAACUCCCCGACGCAAGGGGCAGAACGCCUAUGGGUCCGAAAAUGGCUUUGUGCAGGCUGUAUAACUUGCUUUCGGAGACAACAAAGAAAGGAAAUGUCGUUGUUUCCCCCUUCUCGGGGUGAUCACGCAUGUGCGAUCUUUCCUCGUGGUCAUCGUUUUGUGCCAAGGUUAUUGCAAACUCGCCUGUGAUUACUUUUUUUUUUUUUUUCGGUCCCGAGGGUGCGCUGUCGACAUUCGUGGCUAAACGCCAAAAAGAUAGGGAUGUCAUGUCUCCU